UCGACAAAACCCUCUCUCUUCCAAAACCCACAAACCCUUGGCGGCUGUGUGUGUGUGUGUGUGAGAUACAACAGUGUGAGACCCGUUGUUCCCUCCUAAUCUCUCUCUUAGGGUUUCUCUCUCUAAAACCCUUUAUUUGGGGAUUUUUUUGAUUUAUUUAGGGUUUUGAAACCUAUUUUUCAACGAGAUCUAUCCAGAAAUAUCGGUCAUGGCCACCGUUGCUCCAGCUCCUUCUCCUCCCACCGCAGAUCAAGCUACAGAUUUGCUGCAGAAAUUGUCUAUGGAUUCUCAGACGAAGACUCUGGAAAUUCCCGAGCCUACCAAGAAGCCUUCAACUAAUCAAUAUGGAUCGGUUGAUUCGGGCAAUGUUUUGAAUGGUCAGAUCCCAGCAUUUGAGCGGUCUGUGACUCCAUUACUAACUGAUUUCAUGGAUCCUAACAUGUGCUAUCUUCCCAAUACUUAUCCAUCCACUGCCUAUUACUAUGGAGGUUAUGAUGGGACUGGUAAUGAGUGGGAUGACUACUCAAGAUAUGUGAAUGAUGGAGUUGAGAUGCCUUCUGGAGUUUACGGGGAUAACGGGUCUGUUAUGUAUCACCAUGGUUAUGGAUAUGCACCAUAUGGUCCAUAUUCACCAGCAGCUUCUCCAGUUCCAACUAUGGGUAAUGAUGGGCAGUUAUAUGGGCCUCAGCAUUACCAGUAUCCUUUCUUCCAGCCGAUGACUCCAACUAGUGGGCCAUAUAACCCUAGUCCUGCUGCCCCUCAAACUGAUGUUUCCACCUCUGUAGCUGCUGAUCAAAAGCCGCUUCCUGUGGAAGCAGCUAACGGGAAUUCUAAUGGCAUUACAAAUGGUGGAGGCAUCAAAGGGAAUAAUGCUUCAGCACCCUUAAAACCUGCUCAUCAGAAUUCGUUUGUCUCUAAUGGUUCAUAUGGAAGGGGUGCUGUGCCAGGGCGUGGUCCUACUUCCAAUUAUCAGGAUGGAAGAUUUAAUUUUGAUAUGUUGAGGUCACCGUUCCCAUUGUUAGAUGGCCCACUACUUUCAGAUGGGCAGCCUAGGCCUGUGAGCAGCACAACAAUCCCUUCUUCAUUUUCAAAUGGCAAUAGCCUUCAAUCUUCUAGGAAUCAAAGUUUCCGUCCAAAUACUAAUUACAUGGGUUUGCACCAUCCAAGACCGAUGCCUGGAAUGAGUACUCCUGGGUUUAUGGGUAGGGUGUACCAACCAAACAAGUUAUAUGGUCAGUAUGGGAAUACUGUUAGAUCUGGUAUGGGCUUUGGAUCUCAUGGAUAUGAUUCAAGAGCAAAUGGACGUCCAUGGUUGGUGUUUGAUAGUAAGCAUAAACCAAGAGGACGAUUUGGCUAUGGUAAUGAGAACUCAGAUGGUUUGAAUGAACUGAACAAAGGACCUAGAUUUAAGGGUGGCCCCAAAAACCAUAAGGGUUUUUCACCCAAUGUCUUGGCAGCAAAGGGUCAGAAUGAGACAAUAAAUGCAACUAGUGAUGAGGAGAAGGAUAAGACUAGUGUUGUUCCAGAUCGUGAACAGUACAACAGACCAGAUUUCCCAGAGGAGUAUACUGAUGCCAAAUUUUAUAUUAUAAAGUCAUACAGUGAGGAUGAUGUCCAUAAGAGCAUUAAGUAUAAUGUUUGGGCCAGCACACAAAAUGGCAAUAAGAAGCUUCAUGCAGCAUACCAGGAGGCUCAGGAGAAAUCUGGGGAUUGCCCCGUGUUUCUUUUCUUCUCGGUCAAUACAAGUGGGCAGUUUGUUGGCCUUGCGGAAAUGGUUGGACCAGUUGAUUUUGAGAAGAGUUUGGAGUAUUGGCAACAAGAUAAGUGGAACGGCUGCUUCCCUGUUAAGUGGCACAUUGUUAAGGAUGUUCCUAACAGUUUGUUGAAGCACAUUACCCUUGAUAACAAUGAGAACAAACCUGUGACGAACAGUAGGGACACUCAAGAGGUCAAGUUAGAGCCAGGGCUUAAAUUGAUUAAAAUAUUCAAGGAGCAUUCCAGCAAAACAUGCAUUUUGGAUGACUUUGGGUUUUAUGAGGCCCGCCAGAAAACAAUUCAGGAGAAGAAGGCUAAGCAACUGCAGUUUCCAAAACAGGUAUGGGAAGGAAAGCAUACUGAUGAGAAGAAAGAAAGGGUAAAUGGUGAACUGAAAACCCAAAAUUCGGUGGAGGCUGCCUCAGAUUUGAUCAAGGAGCCUAUCCCUUCUGUGCAGGCUAAUGAGGACCCCAAGAUUUUGGAUAAUGGUUCAGUUGCAAAAACUGGAGAUGCACCUAAGGGAGCUAAACCAGUUGUGUCAGAGAAGAGGAUUCUAGCUAAUGGUGUUGCAAAUGGUUGCUAGUCUCUGCCUCACACAAUGGUGGUCCAUGUGCACUGAAGUUUCUCAUGAGGAACUUAGCCAGAAGUUAUGUUGGUUUAUGUAUAAUACAGAACUAACCACUGGCUUAGUUUCCAUAUCUUAUGGGCCGCCAUCUCUUGUCUGUCUUGCUCUUGCUUAAAGUUAAGCAAUAGAAUGUCAUCUUUAGUUUUUUUCAAAGCUAUGGUGAAGGCAAGGAGGGCUUCUUUGGGUCUGUUUUAAAGUGGUAGCUCCUAACAGGUUUUGAUUCGCUAGGAUUUUGGGUUUAGGGGGUUAUGUCUUAGUGGCUUUUAUAUUGUUAUCUUCAUGUUUUCUUUUCUCUUCCUUUUUUUUUUCCUUUUUUUUUUUUUUUUGGUUUUCCUUUUUCUUGGCAAUUUCCUAUCUUGUAAAUCUAGAUCUACUUUGUCGAGGGGGCAGCUUUGCUUUUGUAUUUGUAAGAGAGCUAGAAGCAAGGUGGGAAAAUACUGCACAAUAUAGUCAAGAGUUUAAGAAGAUUUCCUUUUAUAUUUUGCAA